CUCUAAAUUCAACCAAAGGAAGUGACGCAAUUGCCCUAAACAGCUCUUUGGAGACACAACAAACGGAGCUGCAGGGAAACUGUUAAUCUACAGAGAAGCAGAUAAAAAGCUCAACCGAGCUACCGUCGCUCCUUCAACCGGGAUUCAGCUCCUGUCAGCCCGCAGAGGAGGACUAGCUGCCCACAGCGAUGCCGGAGACUGAGAGCUACUCCAACCCUUUGGCCCCUGAGGGCCACGAUGUGGACGACCACAGAGCUGCUGCGCAGUCCAAGCUGACCAACGAUGACUUCAGGAAGCUGCUGAUGACGCCCCGGGCGACGCCUGCCUCGGCCCCGCCCACCAAGUCCAGACAUCAUGAAAUGCCGAGGGACUACAACGAGGAUGAGGAUCCUGCAGCGAGGAGGAGGAAGAAGAAGAGUUAUUAUGCCAAGCUUCGGCAGCAGGAGAUGGAGCGAGAGAGAGAGCUGGCCGAGAAGUACAGGGACAGGGCCCGGGAGCGGCGGGACGGCGUCAACAAGGACUACGAGGAGACCGAGCUGAUCAGCACCACGGCCAACUACCGGGCUGUCGGACCCACAGCAGAGGCGGACAAGUCAGCAGCCGAGAAACGACGCCAGCUCAUCCAGGAGUCCAAGUUCUUGGGAGGAGACAUGGAGCAUACCCAUUUGGUGAAAGGUCUGGACUUCGCUCUGCUGCAGAAGGUGAGAGCUGAGAUCACCAGCAAGGAGAAGGAGGAGGAGGACCUGAUGGAGAAGGUCCAGAAAGAGACCAAGAAAGACGUGGAGCCAGAGGAGAAGAUCGAGUUCAAGACCCGUCUGGGAAGGAACAUCUACCGCGUGGUCUUCAGGUCAGGAGUCUCUGAAAGGAACGAGCUCUUCCUGCCCGGCAGGAUGGCCUACGUGGUCGACCUGGACGAUGAAUUCACCGACACAGACAUCCCCACCACGCUGAUCCGCAGCAAGGCUGACUGUCCCAGUAUGGAGGCUCAGACGACUCUCACCACCAAUGACAUCGUGAUCUCCAAGCUGACUCAGAUCCUGUCCUACCUGAGACAGGGGACACGUCACAAGAAGAUGAAGAAGAAGGACAAAGGCAAAGCGGAUGAGAAGAGGGCCCCUGAAGCCGACAUCAGCAUCUUUGAUGACAUCGGAGACUAUAUUCCAUCUGCCAAACCGAGCAAAGACAAAGAUCGGCACAGAUCACGAGAUGAGGACAGCAAGAGCAGGAGGCAGGCCUACUUUGAGAAACCCAGAGGAGACGAACACCAGCUGAUGGAGGUGGACACAGCUCCAGAAUCCAUCAAAGAUCAGAUCAAGAUGAUCAAUGAGAAGUUUGGAGGAGCAGCAGCCAGCCAGUGGCAGAACCAGGAGCCUGGUUCCCAGAGAAGGGACUCCGGUAAGGAGCAGCUUGGAGAUUUCUUCGGAGGAUCCAACUCCUACGCUGAGUGCUACCCAGCAACGAUGGAUGACUUGGCAGUGGACAGCGAUGAGGAGGUGGACUACAGUAAGAUGGACCAGGGUAAUAAGAAGGGUCCACUUGGCCGCUGGGACUUUGACACGCAGGAGGAAUAUUCUGACUACAUGAACAACAAAGAGGCUCUGCCAAAGGCUGCCUUCCAGUACGGCAUCAAGAUGUCUGAAGGCAGGAAGACGCGGCGCUUCAAAGAGACCAAUGAGAAAGCUGAGCUGGACCGUCAGUGGAAGAAGAUCAGCGCGAUCAUAGAGAAGAGGAAGAAGAUGGAGGCAGAUGGGGUGGAUAUCAAGAGGCCCAAAUACUGAGGACUUCUGCAGACCAGUACCAACCGAUCCACUAUCGUCUUGCAGUUUAACUCCAGUUUAUUGUGAAACUAAACAGUUG